AAAAAACUAUUAUGCAAAUCAGGAAAUGCUGAUGAUAUCGGGCAAGCUUUCGUUGUUGUGCGUUUAGACUCUAGCCCUUGCUUCUCUCAAGUUUACAAGACAUCGAUAUUACCGAAGAUGCACGAGUGCAUGGAUGUUCCAAAAUAACCAUCAUGCUACGUCGAAAUAAAGGCAAAGUAGUCAUCAAUACGCCACCUACAAUAAAACUACCGACGGCAACAGAAGACGCUAAACGAUUGAGCCAAGCAAAUGAAGUACUAAGGCCAAUAUUGCUACUUUCACUUCUAGUUGGAUAUGUGCCUAGAAACGGUCGAGUCAGAGGGAUCUUUGGUGGUCUUUUGUGGCUGAUAAGUCUUGUACUCAAUGUUGCCUUUGACGUUCUAUCAGCGCGCAAGCAUUACGGCUAUGCAUGGGCAUCCAUUCAGAUUAUUCUCUUCAUUAGCCUCGCAAUGUGUACCUACUCUUCCAAGAGAAGUGCUUUACCAUGCCUUGAACAAGGCCUCGCUCAGCUGGAGAAAGAGGACAAAUAUUUCAAGACGUUUGCUAGGAUAAGGAAGCUAUUUAGGAUCAUUCCUUGGGUGAUAAUCUGGUUUUCACUUUUUUCGACUAGCCUACUAUAUUUCUGCUUUCAUUAUGAUGAUGCCUUUAGUGUAACAUUUGAGCAACAAUUGUCAAGAAGAUGGCAUAUCGUAUUUCGUGUUGUUUGGUUCAUAACCAACGCCCAUACGUUAUAUGGAUUCGCACUGUUUUGGUGUAUUGGGAUGUGUAAUAUGUAUGCUCUUGGUUACUCUAUGACCGAAUAUCACGAAAUGAUGACAGCGCAUUUAAAAAAUAAGGAAUCUCCCAUUACAUUUCGACAAGCCGUUCACUCUUUCGCCGAGCGUGGAAACUUUCUCAGGAAAUCUUCAUCUUCAUGUAGGGUGUCAUUGGCAUUUCUGUUGGUAUACAGCAUUGCUUCCCUUGCUGUUAAUGCGUUCUACUACUUGUACAAGACAAGAAGAGCUGGUUAUGUUUUCUUUGCGCUCGUACCCCUGAUAUGUUCUGUCUAUCCUUUAUGCUUGGCAGCAUGGGUCACCAAACAAUAUAAAUGGUAUCUUGCAGUAGUCGUGAAAGCCUGGGCUGAAUGUCCAGAAAGUACAGAUGAAGAGGAAGAAAGCGGAUCAGAUCACGGUCAUCCAGUCAAAGACAAGCACAAAUCUUUCGCACGCAAGUUUACCAAACGAGUGAAAAGUACCAGAAACAAAGAGCAUGAUAAAGGAGACAUGAAGACAAACCGUCGAAGAAGCUUGUUUACACUACGUGGCCACACUCGGUCAAAUCCAAUAUCGACAGGCUCGUACUCUGACACGGAGAAUCAGGCUGACAAAGUUAUAAAGACUAAACAGCUGUCAACUCCGCUGCGAAAAAUUCGAUCAAAGCCUAUUUCAGGUAGCACGUACUCAGAGCAUCAAGAUGGCGGCGCCAAUCAUUCAAAAGCAGUGAUAACAUACACAUCUCUUAGUAGUAACAAUGAAAACAUUACAGGUGAAUGUCACGAGCAAGGCUUGUCCAAUAAUCAGAACUGUAAGUCAAUGGAUUCAUUAGCACCAUUACCAGUGUCAAGACAAUCCAUUAGUGAGGACGAAGUAGCGACUGAUAAUGAAGGAAAGCAAAACCAUCGUGAUGACGAUGAUAACAACUUGAAAUCCAAAGCUUCACGCCAGAGAGUAAUGGAAUUGAUUCUACGAGGAACAGCUAGAGCAGUGGGAAGACUCCAACACAGAGUAAAAAUGCCAAAGUUUAACUUUGAGAAAUAUAUAUCGUACUUACAGAACGUUAUUCCUACAAUAGGCUACAAGAUUAUGGGUAUCAUAGUGACAUGGAAUAUGGUGUCUACUUUGUUAUUUUUAGAAGUUUCUUUGCUGGCGCUAUUCGUACAAGAGUCUAUUUUUGGGAGUCAGAAUGCUCAAGUAUCACUAUAGUUGGAUGAUAUCAUGCAAAAGGCAUCAAGGCGAUAGCUUUUGACUGCUGUUAUAUUUUAGGAUCCCGCAUAACUAUAGUUUAUAGGGCGAAACUUUAUAAAACAAAUUGCAUUGUACUUUGUUGUUGAUUAUUUGCUGUUAGCUGUGCUUAGGACAGACCUGACCUAAGGCGGUAUACAGAUAUUUGUAGCAGAAACAUUGUUCUUUCGAUUUUCCAAAAAGAGAAUAAUACUAAUUAGAUCAACAAUUCAUAA